AUGAUACAAUUAGUUAUUCUAAUUCCUUGUUACAGAUGCUCUAUUGACGUCAGUUGCUCUGUUGCCUGUUAUCCUGGGGUUCACUACGGCCCCGGCACCCACAUCCUCGCCCUAUGCUCUAUUGCGUCAGUUGCACUGUUGCCUGUUAUCCUGGGGUUCACUAAGGCCACGGCACCCACAUCCUCGCCCUAUGCUCUAUUGACGUCAGUUGCUCUGUUGCCUGUUAUCCUGGGGUUCACCACGACCCCGUCACCCACACCCUCACCCUAUGCUCUAUUGACGUCAGUUGCUCUGUUGCCUGUUAUCCUGGGGUUCACCACGACCCCGGUACCCACACCCUCGCCCUAUGCUCUAUUGACGUCAGUUGCUCUGUUGCCUGUUAUCCUGGGGUUCACCACGACCCCGUCACCCACACCCUCGCCCUGUAAGCUAUCAGAGUUCCACUGUAACAACAACAAAUGUGUUCCCGCGACUGCCUAUUGCAACGCCGUAAACGACUGCGGGGACUCGUCGGACGAACCACGUCUCUGUAGCCAUGGUGUACCGAGGUCUGAGGGCGCAUGUUUUGUUGCAGCGUGUAAUCGAACCUACUACGGGGACCUUGGCACGACUUACGAGCUGGAACUGCACAGACCCAGGGAGGACAGACUUCCCUUCGUGUGUCACCUCACAUUGACCGCGGGCUCAGGAUCUCUGGGGGACAUCGUGCAGGUGACGUUCGAGAGUUUCACACUUGGGAGGUUCACGUCGUUCCUGUCCGGAGGUUGUCCAGACGGCGAGAUGCAGCUGUGGGAGUGGCAGAGGCCUAGGAUCGGCGGCGCGUGGUGUGGAACCUCCUGGGGUCCCUCAGUGUACUUCAGCGAGACUCGCUCCGUUACUAUCUCUGUCACUCUACGCCGCAUCUCCAAGGAUCAGGACGGAUACAACUUCGACUUCAGGCUAGGGUACAAGAUGCUACCGAAGUACAACGCCAUCGUAAGAUAUGGAGGACUUAGGUUUUUAGAUCCUUUCACUGACUUCACGAACACCUCACUGCCUCCAACAGUCACCCCUCAGCACUAUCUGGGUGACUUGAUCGGAGGAACAUUCUGUUCCCGGGUGUUCACCGAUUGUAACCGCAAGGACUGUCGUCUGCAGAGUCCCAACUUCCCUGGGGUAUACCCUCGCAACCUCACCUGUUACUACGCUAUUCGCCAGCAAGAGGUUCCACCAGGAAAAUAUGCACUUAUAUCGGUGAGACAACCGAAAGGCCAACUCGUGAAUAUAAGGAGCCAGUCCGCCUUAUACGCUAGAGCAGGUCAGCAGCCUAACCAAAACACAGCUCACCUUAAGGUCUGGCAGGAGUGUGACGAGGUACAAGACUAUGUGACAGUCUACGACGGCUACACCACCAGGGACCCUGUGCUUCUCAAGUUCUGCGGUGGUGGGGUCGCGGUCCCAGAGGCUGUGUCCAGCACACACGAACUGUUGGUCGAGUUCUCCACUUCACCAUACGGAACAUUCCUUUACCCGGCCCCUCCAAUGCCUCUGCACGGCUUUCAACUCCAAGUCCAGGUAAGGUUUGUGGACAAGGAGUCGCCGAAGUAUGCCCGCAACAAGCGAUGUGAGUUUUGGUUGAAAGGUGCGGGGAAAGGAGUCUUGGAAAGCCCGAGGCACUCCCUCGCAGCAAACACAACUUGCUUGUACCAUCUACAGGGUAUGGAGCCGGGAACCCCACCUCCACCACGGCAUCUAGAACUGUCCAGACGUCGCACUCAGGCUCUCAUACCCACCAGGUUCAAAGUGUGGCUGGCGGUGCUCAAGUACCAUGUGACCCCAGCAGACGACACAGAGUGCGCCACCAGACUCCAGGUGUGGGACGGUAACAUCAGGGCCUCGCCAUCCUGCAAUGAGAUUUAUUGCGAGGAGAAGGAGGGAGGUUCUAUGGUGUAUAGCGCGGGGCGUAGCAGCAACUUGACUCUGCUCGCCAGAUACUGCAAGGACCACAUCCCUCGCAGCUGCGACCACUCACUACUCAACAACGCCACCCGCGCCACUCGCCCGUGCUCCCUCGCAGAGAGCUUCCUGUCGACCGGGGACUCCAUGACCCUGGAGCUCAAGGUCACUCAUUCCACCGCGCUCAGGCCAUUGUCGUUCAGAGCGUUGUAUGAGUUUGUGGACCUCCACCAGGACGGAGAGCCGUACGGCCAGGGUCCCUGCUCCAGAAAGUUCACCAGCAGAUCGCAGCACUUGCAGGGUGAACCUCAGAACUUCACCUCUCCUAGAGACGUGUUCCUGUUCGGGAGAGGCGGAACGACCAAUCUGAGCUGUGUUUACCGGUUCGAGGCCCAGCGAGGAGACAGUGUUCGUAUCACCAUCCACGGCAUGCAGACCGCUAACAGAUCAAGUUGUGUGACGAGAAAUAACACCGACUCCGGCAGACUACAAUGUGUUGGAAACGCGACUGCUCAGUUGAGAAUAUGGGAGGUGUCGUGGAGCACUGCCAUCCCUCUAGGUCGUGACUGUCUGUGUGGAGGUGCAGAUAACUUCCUCCCUUACACCUUCACCUCCGCCGCCCACAUAGUAGAGGUCCACUUCACAGCACUUCACAUGACCUCCACUGACGACUACCGAGGUCUCAACUUCAGAGCCUCCUGGGAGUUUGUGCGUACCCCAGUCUGUCCCAGGAAACAGAGAAUUGCUGGCAUCAGUGGGGAAUUGUUGUUCCAGUCACCAAGUCGCACACCAGAUGAGGUAAACUGUGAAGGUCAUCCCUGGGUCAUCACUCCUCUAGACGCAAGGUUCCUAUACGUCCAGAUCAAGGGAACAGUGAUUCGUGGUGCUGCCCCAGUUGAUUCCAACUCUACUUCCGUUUCGUCAUCCAGUCGAUGCCCCACCCGGAAUCGCAUGUUGCUUCAUUCAGGAGGGGGAGGCCAGCAAGUUCUUGUGUGCCCCCUGGACCAAGAUUCAGCUCACAACUCGCUGGUCGAGGUGUUUUCCGCGGGCUGGAUGACUGAUAGUUCCCCACGUAAAUCACCAGGAUUUAUCCCCGAUACUCCACAGACUCGUAGUGUUCUCGUGGAGUUCCUCCCCAAAGAACCGGGAAAAUACACUGUUACGUGGAUGGAGAUUUCAAGAAGACCUAACUACCCAACCGCAGACAUGGCAUUGUCCGACUGCCCACAUCGUUGUCCAGAGCUAGAUGCCUGUAUCAAUGCUUCCUUGUGGUGUGAUGGUACCUCCCACUGCCCCAGCGGUUAUGACGAGGCGUUCACCCAUUGCCUCUACCUGCUUCAACUACCACUUCACCAAAUGGCCCUGUGGAUACUGGGCUUCCUAAUACUUGUGGCAUCAGUUUGCUGUGUCUUCUGCCACGUCUGCCGAGCUGAGGCAGGCUCUAGACUCAAGAGUCUCCCCUCCGAUACUGACCCAAUUGUCGGCACUCCCAAGGAGGUGAUUUGCUGACAAUCAGACAAUUCUGUGCGCUACGUUGAGGUUGACCGUGUGACCACCGUGUGAUAGGCUGAGGUUUACUUGUGCCUCUAUCACCCGGAGUAUCGGUCGUCUUGACGUCCCCACCUCCACCAUGGGACCACCAGCCUACAGAUCUCCAUCCUAUUAAUACUAAGUUUUAAGUUCAACAGUCGUAUACAAUGUAAAGGCCACAGUAUUUCUUUUCGAAUCAAUGUUGUAACACAAUUUACAGCAAAUUUAUUGAAUAGUAUUCUUAAAAAUUUCAAGUCUUUAACGAAAAUAAAUUUAAUAGACACUUAUAAUAACAUACAAACUUGUAAA